AUGCAGCAACUGGCAGCCGUCUACUUCCAGCAGGUGGACCCAACCUAUGGAUUCAUAGACCGCAACGAGGUGACACGGAACAUCCAACUUAGAUGGACUACGCAGAUAGUCCGGCAAGCUCCCGAUGCGGUCCUGUGCGGCAUGGCGGCGCUUGCGUGUCUAUUCUCCCAAGUCUACUCGGACCAGGUGGAGCUGGAUUUGGUAGAGUCAGCAAGAAUACUCCUCGAGCAGUCCAUGUCCACGCCAGCAACCGUCACGAGUAUCACCGCUUGGUUGCUUCGCGUCGUUUACCUCAGGCUCGCCGGGACACACUAUGAGGCCUGGAUGGCAAGCAGCAUGGUGAUGCAUAUGAUUGAGGCAGCCGGUCUGACCACCGAAUCGUCAAGCGAGUCUGCCCUUCCCUCCACGCGGCAAGAGGUCGACUCGGACAUUGCGCGACGAAUCGUGCGCGUCGCACAGCACCUCAACAUCUGGAUGUCGUUUGACAUGGGGUUGAGUCGAGUUGCCUUUUCAAAUACAUCGCCAAUGACGCUGCCCACACCACGGCCAGGCGACUACACGUACGAAAUAUGCGAGCUCCUACCAUUCUCCAUAGAGUUAGAUCCAGACAGAAAGCCGACCGCACUGGAACUCGAGACGGCACUGCAUACGGUGCUGAAUCGUGCCCACUCGAUCCCGCCGACGAUUCUUGCCCAAUGCAACUUGGCAUUGUGUCUCUGUCGCAGACUACGAUCACUCGAGGUCUCGCUUACCGAGUCCAUUCUACAAAAGAUAUUGAUCUUGACGACAAAUGGAAUUCAAGCUGCGCAGGCCAUUCUGGCCGCCCGCGCGCCCUGGCACCACAUGGCGUACGUCCCGUUUCAGAUUGUCUGUGUUUUGCUGGCCAUAGAUACGGUGUCCUCGAUUUCUCAACUCCGAGAUGCAAUGCAGUGCCUGAAAGACAUCUUCUCCGUAUACAACACCAAGGCCACCGCGGAUGCUUUAAAAACGGCUCGCUCACUGGUCAUGCUGCAUCAAAGGGGCAAAGAGAUGUUCGCCUCCGCCUUGAACGACAUCUUGAAAGUGUGUCCGGCAGACCCGGUAGAAGCCUCGGAAACGACCUCUCCGCCGUUGUCAGAUGGAACAGAAUGGAUGGACGGGUUUUCGAUGGACUUUUCCAACCUUCAAUACUUUAACAUUGAACAGUUUCUCAACCCAGGCUUCUUUUGGAACGCUGGCGGCAAUGGAAUGGUAUGA